AUGAACAAGCUAGGAAGAUUCGAGUUGGUAUACAUGGAUGAAUUCAUUGAUAAUCUUCUGCGGGAGGAACGAUAUUGCGAUAUACAGCUUCCCCGAUUACAGAAAAGACAAGCAUUAGAAGAAGCUGGUGAGCUAGAGCCGUAUAGAAGUAUUCUCGAUGAGGACCUGGACGCGUUGAGUGCAUCAGACAAGCGAUUCUUUCAUUCUUACAUCAAUUUUCUCCUCUAUUUCGUUUCAGGAAAAGCCGCGUUUGAUAUCGAGGCGGCGGAAGUCGCAGUAGAGGAUCGGUCACGAGAACGUGAGAGACCUAGGGAGAAGUUGAAGGAACGUGAGCGCGAUGACAAGAAGAGGGAGCGGUCCAGAGAGAGGGACAGAGAUCGUGAUAGAGACAGGGAUCGCCAUGAAAGGGAUCGUCAUGACAAGGAUCGAGAUCGCCGAAGGGACAGGUCACGCGAACGUGAUCGUGAACGUGACAGAGACCGGGACAGAAAGGAACGUGAACGUCCACGUCGCGAUGAACGAGAUCGCGACGACCGAGAUCAUCAUAGAAGCAAGAAAAGCGGUAGAGAUGAUGGUGAUCGAGAAAUCGCUGAGGCAAACGCCCUUAGAGCGAAACUCGGGCUGAAUCCGCUUGAACGAUGA